GGCUAGACUCCACGCUGCCGGAAGCGGAAAUAGCGCCGGGUGCUGCCAGAGUAGCCGUAACUGCCGACGCGAUGCCGAAGGGGCCCAAGCAGCAGCCACCGGAGCCCGAGUGGAUCGGGGACGGAGAGAGUUCGAGGCCCGUAGACAAAGUGGUGAAGAAAGGGAAGAAGGACAAGAAAACGAAAAAGACGUUCUUUGAAGAGCUGGCAGUAGAAGAUAAACAAGCUGAGGAAGAAGAGAGAGUGCUCAAGGAAAAGGAGGAGCAGCAGCAACAGCAACAGCAGCAAAAAAAGAAGCGAGACACCCGAAAAGGUCGGCGGAAGAAGGAUGUGGAUGAUGAUGGAGAGGAGAAAGAGCUCAUGGAGCGCCUUAAGAAGCUCUCGGUGCCAGCCAGUGACGAGGAGGAUGAGGUACCUGCCCCUAUACCCCGAGGAGGGAAGAAAACCAAGGGUGGUAAUGUCUUUGCAGCCCUGAUUCAGGAUCAAAGUGAGGAAGAGGAGGAAGAGGAAAGACACCCUCCUAAGCCUGCCAAGCCAGAGAAGAAUCGGAUCAAUAAGGCUGUAUCUGAGGAACAGCAGCCUGGGCUCAAGGGCAAAAAGGGAAAGGAUGAAAAAUCAAAGGGGAAGGCCAAGCCUCAGAAUAAAUUUGCUGCUCUGGAUGAUGGAGAGGAAGAUGAAGAGGAAGAAGAAAUAAAUGAAAAGGAGCCACCUAAACAAGGGAAGGAAAAGGCCAAGAAGGCAGAGCAAGUGUGUAUUUUGGAGGGUUCAGAGGAAGAAGGAGAGGAGGAAGAGGGGGAGUCCAAGGUAGAUGAUCCCUAUGCUCACCUUAGCAAAAAGGAGAAAAAAAAGCUGAAGAAACAGAUGGAAUAUGAACGCCAAGUGGCUUCAUUAAAAGCAGCCAAUGCUGCUGAAAACGACUUCUCCGUGUCCCAGGCAGAGGUGUCCUCCCGCCAAGCCAUGUUAGAAAAUGCAUCUGACAUCAAGCUGGAGAAGUUCAGCAUCUCCGCCCACGGCAAGGAGUUAUUUGUCAACGCAGACCUGUACAUUGUAGCUGGUCGCCGCUAUGGGCUAGUUGGACCCAAUGGCAAGGGCAAGACCACGCUUCUCAAGCACAUUGCCAACCGAGCCUUGAGCAUCCCGCCUAAUAUUGAUGUACUGCUGUGUGAGCAGGAGGUGGUAGCCGAUGAAACACCAGCAGUGCAGGCCGUGCUUCGAGCCGACACCAAGCGAUUGAAGCUACUGGAAGAGGAGCGACGACUUCAGGGGCAGCUGGAGCAGGGGGAUGACGCAGCUGCUGAGAGGCUAGAGAAGGUGUAUGAGGAAUUGCGGGCUACAGGGGCAGCAGCUGCAGAGGCCAAGGCACGGCGGAUCCUGGCUGGUCUGGGCUUUGACCCCGAAAUGCAGAAUCGGCCCACCCAGAAGUUCUCGGGGGGCUGGCGUAUGCGUGUCUCCCUGGCCAGGGCACUGUUCAUGGAGCCCACCCUGCUGAUGUUGGAUGAGCCCACCAACCACCUGGACCUCAAUGCUGUUAUCUGGCUCAAUAACUACCUCCAGGGCUGGCGGAAGACAUUGCUGAUUGUGUCCCAUGACCAGGGCUUCCUGGAUGACGUCUGCACUGAUAUCAUUCAUCUGGAUGCCCAGCGGCUCUAUUACUAUAGAGGCAAUUACAUGACUUUCAAGAAGAUGUACCAGCAAAAGCAGAAGGAACUGCUGAAACAGUAUGAGAAGCAGGAGAAAAAGCUGAAGGAGCUAAAGGCGGGUGGCAAGUCCACCAAGCAAGCAGAAAAGCAAACAAAGGAAGCUCUGACUCGAAAGCAACAGAAAUGCCGACGGAAAAACCAGGAUGAGGAAUCCCAGGAGGCCCCUGAGCUCCUGAAGCGCCCCAAGGAAUACACUGUGCGCUUCACUUUCCCAAACCCCCCGCCACUCAGCCCUCCUGUGCUGGGUCUGCACGGUGUGACAUUUGGUUAUGAGGGACAGAAACCACUUUUUAAGAACCUGGACUUUGGCAUCGACAUGGACUCAAGGAUCUGUAUCGUGGGCCCUAAUGGCGUGGGGAAGAGCACCCUGCUCCUGCUGCUGACGGGUAAACUGACACCGACCCUUGGGGAAAUGAGAAAGAACCACCGGCUGAAAAUUGGCUUCUUCAACCAGCAGUAUGCAGAGCAACUGCGUAUGGAAGAGACGCCUACUGAGUACCUGCAGCGGGGCUUCAACCUGCCUUACCAGGAUGCCCGGAAGUGCCUGGGCCGCUUUGGCCUUGAGAGUCAUGCCCACACCAUCCAGAUCUGCAAACUCUCUGGUGGGCAGAAAGCCCGCGUUGUGUUUGCAGAGCUGGCCUGUCGGGAGCCUGAUGUCCUUAUCUUGGAUGAACCAACCAAUAACUUGGAUAUAGAGUCCAUUGAUGCUCUUGGGGAGGCUAUCAAUGAAUACAAGGGUGCUGUGAUCAUCGUCAGUCAUGAUGCCCGACUCAUCACAGAAACCAACUGCCAGCUGUGGGUGGUGGAGGAGCAAAGUGUUAGCCAAAUUGAUGGUGACUUUGAGGACUACAAGCGGGAAGUGUUAGAGGCCCUGGGUGAAGUCAUGGUUAACCGACCCCGAGAGUGAGCUUUCCUUCCUGGAAGUCUCCAAGAUAUGAACUUUCAUGGCCUGGAAGUGCCCUGCUGUCUCCCUUCACUGCUCGGUAGCUGACCCAGCAACCACUCGGGCAUGAAAAGCAGAGCAUUUGCCAUGAUGCGACCAGGAGACCACUUUGAUUGCUUCCAUUUCUCUGCAAGACUUACCUGUUGUGCUUUCCUUCCCAUACUGAGCUGCCUUUAUCCUUGACCUCCUUCUGUACUGAAGGGGCCCUUCAUUAUUGUGGGGUUCCAUCAGCCAAGCUUAACAUGACCUAGAAGUCCCCUGAUGUCUUCCUUUCACUCCUCAGAAGCCUCCCUCUGGUCUGCCUUAACACUUCAGGCCCAGCUGCCCUCAUGCUCUCUGGGUGGUGCUGUUCUUUUCUGGUGGAUUUCAUGCUGACUUACUGAUACGAACAGCUGUUGCAGCACAGAGCUGAAGGCGAGUGUCUGAGGCUUGUGCCGUCACCCAGUCAGGAUUUGGUGUCUGCAACUCUUGUCUGGUUGAGGGCAUGAGGGCAGGAAAGGAAAUGCUGCUGAACUUGAACCUCCCUUUACAAGGAAAAGGAAUAAAGGAAAGGAUUUGCUGUCACCCUGUUUCUCUUUGGAGACCUAUGGGAGUGAAAACUGUUCUCAAUUUUGCUUUGCUUUAUUUGCUUUUCUACCAACAUUUAGCAUCCCUCAUCCCUAUUAGUACAGAUGGAUCUAAUUUGCAGCCUUGCUGCACUUUAGGUAGUGCUUGCCGUUUGAGCAUCCUCCCUCCCUUCCCCCAGCCCUCCAACAAGGAGAAGGGAAACCAUUUCGUCUCCAUCUCAGACACUUGGGUGUGUCCUGAAUGAGGAGUUGCUUUGCCCUGUGGUCCAAGACCUGAGUACUGAUCCUCUCAAGUGAUGAGACCAACCAACCAUGCAUUGUACUGAGGAGCAUACAGGAAGGGAAAAGACAGAGUCUGCCUUCAUUAAUAGUCUGGGUAGACAAGACUCAAAAACUAAAACAUGAGCUUACAGUGUAAUAGGAUUAAUUGUUAAAUGGAUGGUAUUUUAGAUCUAAAUUGUCACCUGUUCAAAGGAGGGAAAGAUUAUCCAGGGCUUGAUUGAUUGGCUGACCACUUGAGGGUGGACCUUGAAAAAUAUGAAGGAUUUGGAAAAUCAGGGAAAAGGAGGCCAUUUUUCAAAACUAGAUAAAGACUAGUUUUAAAAAGCAGAUUUAAGACUUGGAAGGAAGACAAGACUACUGGGAAGAUAAUGAGAGAACGUGGCUGGUGUGGCCACUUUUCUUGUUAGAGUUAAGUUGGAGAGUAAAAUACAAGUGAUGGGUAGUGUUUUUAGAUAUUGAUGUGUGAGGUGGACUAUAAACUUCAGGACUUAACUUUUGUUACAGGGAUGAGGUAACAAUCUUUUUAAUUAAAAAAGUGGGUUUGCAGAAAAUACAGAGUUCAAAGGCAACAAAAUCUUGGGUAAUAGAUACAUGGUUGGAGAGAAAAAGAUAGAUGGAGAGAUUUAACUGUGGAGGUUGGGGGAGAGAACAGUCAGGAAAUGAAUCCAGUUCUAGGACGUCUAAUUGGGAAAUUACCUUCUAAUCAAGUGGAUAAAUGUAAUACAGGUACAAGGUUCAUACUGGAAGUGAAGGUUUGGUGUGGAGAUUGUUGCAAAGGCACAGUUAGGGGACAUCUCUAAUUUAGAAGGGAACCCCCCACUUAAUGAACUUGAGGAAAAACGUAAGGGUCUUGUGCUGGACACCUGUAAAGUAAUGUAAUUUUCACAAUUCUGUGAAGUAGAUCUAUCAUUGAAUAGUCAGGAGCCUGGCUUCUGAUCCACUUUCUAAUGGUGUGAGUUUGGACAAGCUAACUUAGUCCCUCGGUACUUGUUACCUCAUCUUUAAAAUAAAGAUGAUAAAUAGUACCUCCCUGAUAGAGUUA